AUGAAAGUCCCCAGACUACCCGCAGGGGAAAUUGCCCGGCGAGCAGCCCAAGCAGCGGAAUCCAGCGAAGCAGCAAAGACAGCAAGAGCGGCCGCAAUUGCAGCGCAAAGAGCGAGCGGGAUCAAGAAAAAACAGACCCCUAGACCAGAACAUGGCCAGCAGAUAUUCGUGUUCAACCACCUGCAGAAAAACCAUGUCGUGUACUCUUUGACACGGUCUAUGAAUAACAACGCCGCUAUCUCCCAACUCCCCUUCAACGGCAAGAAAUCCGUCCCCGCCGCCCUCCGCAAAGACCUCUGGCACCCCUUCGCCCAAAUCAAGUUCCCCUCUGGCUCAGGCGCCAUCGGGCUCUCCGCCUUCCAAAAGCUCCGCGAGUACCGCAAACGGCACGAGCUCGAAUGGGGCGACGACAUCCGCCUCGGCGCCGACGGCAAGGUCCGCAAGCUCAAGGCCCGCAACAAAGCCAUCUGCGACCAGAAGGCCAACAGCGUGGCCGACAUGGCGGCCGUGCUGAACAGGCUGGCGGCCAAGGAGGUGCGCGUCGUGAAGAGCAAGAAGGAGAGUCUGAAGCCGGGUCAGGAAGGGUAUGAUCCCGUUGUUGCGGCGGCGGAGAAGGCGGAGAGGAUGAGGAUCGUGCCGAGGGUGCAGAAUAUUGGGUUGGCGGGCGAGGGCGAGGGCGUGGAUGUGCAGAUUCUCUGGGGGGAUUUGCACGAUGCGGAGUAUGCGGAGAAAUGGGCGGAUAAUGUUGAGCAUGGGUUGAUGCCUCCGCCUGAGGUUCCAGAGCCAAAAAUCAGAGGAAAGAACUCUAGGACGUUGGACCUGGAGCAAGAUCAAGAGCAAGAGCAAGAGCCAGAGCAAGACCAAGAUUCAGAGCAAGAGGAAAAGCCAGAGCAGCCUAAAAAGCAACCUCUCACCGAAGCCCAAAUCCAAGAACUCGCCGCCCGACGACUCGCCAAGGCAGAGCAGAAAGAAGCAGCGCGCGCACUAUACGAGCAGCGACAAGCCGAGCAAGCCGAGCGGAUCAAGAACGAUCCCGAAUGGUACGAGCGAGUCAAGAAGGAAGGGGCGGAAAGAAAAGCCGCGAGGAUACAAGCCGCGCAAGCAGCGUAG